UCACCUUUCCCCUUUUUGCCUUUAUAUAUAUAUAGUACUAAUAUCAUCCACCAAUUUGAUAAUCCUCUCAAUUUCAAAUCCCGAUUAAAAAACUUCCCAAAUGGGUUCUUGCAUUAGCAAAUGCAAACCCAAGAAAACUUCCAAGAAAAAUCAACAAAAACAAGAAGAAUGCAACUGCCAAUGCAUUGAGAAAAACAUCACCAUAUCUAGUACUCCUUUAGUACAAGACAAACUUGUGAUUUCACAACUACCAAUUUCUUCUCCUCCUACUACUAAAUGCACUAUAAUAUCUCCAUCAUCUCCUUUAACCUCUUCGUCGUCAGCGAAGUCCUCUUGUACAAACUCUAACUAUCCUACUACUAGCACUAGCACGAGCACGAGCACGAGCGCGAGCUCGAGCUCGUGCUCUGUUCUUUCCUCUGCUUCUUCCUUUGCCUCGGCUGCCUCGUCGAUGAGCUCGAAAUUUGAUCAAGCAUUCUCAAAUGACUAUCUUUGGUCUUGUGUUAAGGAAAAUCCUCAAAUACUUAAUUCUCAUUAUCUUCCAAUGAUUAAGGUUUUAAAUCCUAGAAGAAACUCUUUACCUAUAAGAUGUCAAAAUAAUGGUAAAAAGCCCAAUAGGUAUAGGGAGUUUCCGGGGCCAAGCCCACAAAGGGUUGUGGUUAGAUCAGCAGCCCAAAAAAGGCCUCGUUGUAACUCACCAAGUAAUUUAACACGUCAAAAGAGUUUUCGUGGGGAGCCCGAGGUUGAGCCCAUUAGGCCCAUUUCUAGAAGUGGCAGGGAUUUGAGGCCCAAUUCCCCUUCUUCAAGUAGAAGGUUCAAUGGAGAAGCAAAUAAUAAUCAAGGGAGAAGUUUGACAUCAUCAAUGAUGAGAGAAAAUAGUUAUGUUAGGCCUCCAAGUCCAAAUAAAAGCUAUUAUAAUAAUAGUAAUAUGAGAAAAUAUGGUGGGUCCAACAAUUUGUUGGUGAAGAGAGAAAGUGAAAAUGUGAUGAAAGGGGUAAGUUCAAAAAGAGAGGAAUUGGGGGUGGGAGGUUUGGUCUCUAGCCAAGAUAUGGACUUGAUGCCUAUUGAAGAUGUUGAAAAUCCACACAUUGCUUUGGAUUGUUUCAUUUUUCUGUAAAGAUGGAUUUUAUCAUUGUUGUUGUUGAGUUCUGUAAACCCUUAUGAUUUUUUUUUUAUGGGUGUGACAUGUUUUUUCCCAUUUUUUGAAGGAUCAGAUGAAUCAAAAAAACGUUAUUUGGCUUGCGUGAA